AUGUCCUCAGAGACCAAAGCUCGGUUCGCGGCAUAUAAGAAGAGCCUGGCUUCUAUGUCUGCGCGUACUGGAACUCCUCUUCCAUCGUUGCUCCUUUCCUUCGGCAUUCUUCAUGAACUGACUGCAAUUGUGCCUCUAGUGGGCUUCUUCUACGGAGCAAGGACGCUGGGAUUUGGCGAACGCGUCAUUGCUGGAGUUACAUCAUCCCAGAGCGAUUCUUCUCAGCUGAGCUGGGCUAAGCAGAAAAUGAAUAUCUGGGUGGAAGAGGGCGAUCGCUGGGCUGCUCGGAUUGGAAGACGAUACGGUGUCUUUGGCUACGAUAAACACGCACCAGGGGUGGUUGAUGAUAUCGAAGAAAUGAGACACAGCUCUGGACAUAUUGCGGGAGAUGUAGCGAACGCUGUGUUUGCUUAUGGUGCGACGAAGGCACUGCUUCCUCUACGAAUAGGAAUAUCCGUGUAUUUCUCUCCGAUGUUCUCCAGAAACAUUGUUGAGCCAAUUAGAAAGACCGUUAUCAGGACUUUCCGUCGAAACCUUUGA